CGCCCGCCUUCCCGCUCCGCAGUCGCCGGCUUGAACCGAGUGCCGCUGUGCUUGCUGUCGUGGAGCCGGUAACGUGGCACCGCCGGGACAGGUGUGAGCUCAGGGCGUCUCUGCAGGCAAGCCGGGAGACACGGAGAGGAGGCUCGGGCAGGCGUGCUUAGCGGCUGGGCAGGAGCGGCUGGAGCCGGGUGGCUCGGGACCCGGGUGGGCGCGGUGCGGAGGCUGAGGACCCGGCCCGGGUGGGACGGAGCCGAGGGGGACGGGGUCCCGGCUGCAGGCGCCGACGGGACACGGGGGCUCACUGCAGCGUGGCGGGUUUCCUGCUCUGCACAACAGGCUUGGUUCCUUAGGUGUAUUGCACACACCUAAGGUGCACGCACAUGAGAAGACUUGUGACCAGCUAAGAGAACCUGCUGCAAGGAAUGGAAUUAGCUCACAGCUUGCUACUCAAUGAAGAAGCAUCCAGUCAACUAGGUGAAGUUCAGAAGGCUGAGUUUAUUUUCGAGUGGUUGAGAUACUUGGAGAAACUCCUGCUAGCAACAAACAGGGACGACGUCAGGGAGAAGCAGAAGGCUCUUGUUGAGCAACUGCUGUCCUUGCUGAACAGCUCCCCGGGGCCUCCCACGCGCAAGCUCCUGGCUCAGAACCUGGCCAUACUUUAUAGUAUUGGAGACACAUUUUCUGUUUAUGAGACAAUCGACAAAUGUAAUGACCUUAUCCGUAGCAAAGAUGACUCUCCAAGUUACCUUCCCACCAAACUUGCUGCUGUGGUGUGCUUGGGUUCCUUGUACAAGAAGUUGGGUAGAAUACUGGCUAAUGGCUUUACUGACACAGUGGGGAAUAUUCUUAAAGCUAUGAAGAGUGCAGAGUCUCAAGGCCGCUAUGAGAUCAUGCUGAGUCUGCAGAGUAUACUAACUGGACUGGGUGCUGCUGCUGCACCGUGCCACAGGGACAUUUACAAGGCCGCCCGGUCCUGCUUGACAGACAGAUCCAUGGCUGUCCGAUGUGCUGCUGCCAAGUGUCUUCUUGAACUCCAGAAUGAGGCCAUCUUUAUGUGGAGCACAGACCUGGACAGUGUGGCCACACUAUGUUUUAAGUCCUUUGAAGGUUCCAAUUAUGAUGUGCGGAUAUCAGUUUCAAAACUGCUGGGUACAGUGUUGGCUAAAGCUAUAAUUGCUAAGCAUCCAGGAACAGCAGGCUCUCGGCAGAGUGCUCGCAGAGUCUCACUGGAGGAAGUUCUGGAACUGCUGGGAGCAGGGUUUCUACGUGGGAGUUCAGGAUUCCUUCGAGCCAGUGGGGACAUGCUGAAGGGAAGCAGUUCAGUCAGCAGAGACGUUCGAGUUGGAGUUACUCAGGCUUACGUGGUAUUUGUUUCAACAUUAGGAGGAGCUUGGCUAGAGAAGAAUCUUGCUGUCUUUCUUUCCCAUGUCCUAAGCCUUGUAUCACAGUCGAAUCCUAAAGCCACACAAACACAGGUUGACGCCGUCUGCUGUCGCCGCUGUGUCUCAUUCAUUCUUCGCGCGACUCUAGGAGGCCUGCUUGGAGAGAAGGCUCAGAUCGCUGCAGCACAGGAGAUCUGCCAGGCCGUUUGGAGGCUAAAGAGAGUCAUGGAUGCUGUACUGAGUGAUGGGAACGUGGAAACCCGUCUCAGUUCCACAGAUGUAGCAGCCAGCCAGCAUACGCUGGUUUGCGCAUUACAAGAACUUGGAAAUCUCAUACACAGUCUCGGCACUACAGCUGCACCAUUGCUCCAGGAUUCCAGUACAGGCCUUCUGGACAGCGUCAUCUCUGUGGUUCUGCACCCUAGUGUUUCCGUUCGGCUGGCUGCAGCCUGGUGCUUGCACUGCAUUGCUGUGGCAUUGCCUUCUUACCUGACCCCUCUCUUAGAUCGCUGCCUAGAACGGCUUGUGACACUGAAGUCUUCACCAGAAGCAGUGACUGGCUUUAGUUUUGCUGUGGCAGCCUUGCUAGGUGCAGUGACACACUGUCCUUUGGGAAUUCCUCAUGGAAAGGGCAAGAUUGUCAUGACAUUAGCAGAGGAGUUGCUGUGUUCUGCUGCUCAGAACAGUCGCCUGUCGCUUCAGCGCACACAAGCAGGAUGGCUAUUGAUUGCUGCUCUCAUGACACUAGGUUCUGCUGUGGUCAGUCAUCACCUCGCUCGAGUCCUGCUGCUGUGGAAGUGUAUCUUUCCAGUGUCCCCUAAAGAUCUAGAAACAGAAAAAAGCAGAGGAGAUUUGUUUACCUGGCAGGUAACCCUGGAAGGCCGAGCCGGUGCUCUCUCUGCUGUCAGGAGUCUCAUCUCCCACUGUGGUGAUCUCCUUACUAAGGAAGUCAUUCAGCGUCUCCUGCCACCGCUUCCCUGUGCCGUGGAUCUGCUGACUCAGCUUUCUUCAAUACUAAAAACAUACGGAAGUUCUUUGAAAACACCGUCAGUAGUUUAUAGACAGAGACUUUAUGAACUACUAAUUUUAUUACCUCCUGAAACCUAUAAAGGGAAUCUCUGUGCUAUCCUCAAAGAGCUGGCUGCUGAACUGACUGCCCCUGACACCCAAGCAGCAGCAUCCACAUGCUUACUGCCAGCCCUUUGUCACCCAGAUGACCUUUUGAUAUUAAGUCCUUUGCUGCAAGAGACCGACCAUAGGUUUAUUGAAGAACAGCUCCUGCUUGGCAAUGGCGUUGCCUGUGGAAGUCUAGAAUAUGACCCUUAUGCUAUUUAUGAGAAGGAUGUAGAAGGAGACUCUGUGCCUAAGCCCCUGCCUCCAACACUGUCCAUUAUUAGCUCUGCAUCCAAGCUCUUUGGGGUUGUCUGUGCUCAUGUGGACGAAGCUCAGAGGGUUCUGAUCCUGGAGCAGCUUUUGAACAGCAUAAAACACACCAAAGGAGCUCGUCAGCAGACAGUUCAGUUGCAUGUUGUUUCUGCCAUUUCUAACUUACUGAAGUAUGUGGCUGGCUCUAAACAAAGUUUAAGUCCAGAAGCAAGAAGACUCGUCCUCACAUUAGUGUUGGGAGCACUAGAAAGUCCCAACCCCCUGUUGAGAUGUGCAGCUUCGGAAGCAUGGGCUAGAUUAGCCCAAGUGGUUGAUGAUGGAGCCUUUACUGCUGGAUUAGCUCAAGUUAGCUUUGACAAAUUGAAGUCAGCGAGAGAUGUGGUUACCAGAACAGGCCACUCACUGGCCCUGGGAUCCCUGCAUAGGUACUUAGGAGGCAUAGGGCCUCAGCACUUGAGUUCUUGCAUUGGAGUCCUUUAUACCCUGUCUCAGGACAGCACUUCUCCUGACGUGCAGACCUGGGCACUCCACUCUCUGUCACUGACCAUUGAUUCUGCGGGUGCACUCUAUCACGUACAUGUGGAGUCUACACUGUCACUCAUCGUCAUGUUGUUGCUAAAUGUGCCUCCAACUCAUGUGCAAGUUCACCAGAGUCUUGGUCGCUGCUUGAACGCCCUCAUUACCACAUUAGGCCCAGAGCUACAAGGUAACAAUACUUCCGUGUCUGCCUUAAGGACUUCCUGUCUGCUGGGCUGUGCAGUGAUGCAAGAUCAUCCAGGCUGCCUGGUCCAGGCUCAGGCCAUCUCUUGCCUUCAGCAACUUCACAUGUUUGCUCCACGACAUGUCAACUUGUCUAGUCUGGUCAGCUGCCUUUGUGUGAAUCUUUGUAGCCCCUACCUGUUGCUGAGGAGAGCAGUUCUGGCUUGUUUGCGGCAGCUGGUACAGAGAGAAGCAGCCGAAGUUUCAGAGCAUGCUGUCAUGCUGGCCAGGGAUGGCAGGGACCCCACUGCAGAUGCCAACCUCAGAGAAGUGGGCCUUGAAGGGGCGCUGCUACUAAUGAGCAGCAGUGAACACGAUGAGCAGGCAUAUUUUACAGCUGUAACCUGCGUGGAUACAAUGCAGGAGGAAGAAGGCGACAGAGGUGAUGAUGCCUGGGUUUUGACCAGAGGUGAUGACAGGCCACACCCUUUCAGUAAUCCUCGAUGGGCCACCAGAGUCUUCGCUGCUGAUUGUGUCUGCAGGAUAAUUAACCAGUGUGAAAAUGCAAACAGCGCUCAUUUUGACAUUGCUUUAGCACAAGAAAUGAAAAAACGUGAUUCAAGAAAUGAUUUUUUGGUGCUCCAUCUUGCUGACUUAAUCCGCAUGGCUUUUAUGGCUGCCACAGACCAUAGUGACCAACUCCGUCUCUCUGGCCUUGACACACUCUUAGUUGUUAUUCGGCGGUUUGCAGAUAUUGCAGAGCCAGAGUUUCCAGGUCAUGUGAUUCUGGAACAGUAUCAAGCCAAUGUUGGAGCCGCUCUUAGACCAGCCUUCACUUCAGAGACACCACCUGACAUCACUGCCAAAGCAUGUCAGGUUUGCAGUGCUUGGAUAGCAAGCGGAGUUGUUAGUGACCUCAGCGAUCUCCGCAGAGUUCAUCAGCUACUUGUCUCAUCACUAACGAAGAUACAGGCUGGAAAAGAAGCUCUCAGCCAGCUGUACAAUGAAAGUGCCUCCACCAUGGAGAUCUUAGCGGUGCUGAAAGCCUGGGCAGAGGUCUAUAUAAUUGCUGUACAAAGACAUAAAAAUCACAAGCAAACCUUGAAGACUCCUAUUAAUUCUGAAGACAGUAUGAGAAGUGGGUCCCCUUCGGCUGCUGGCCUUCUUGACUUAGUCUGCACAGACCUGGCCACGUUAAGCAGACUCUGGCUUGCUGCACUUCAGGAUUUUGCUCUCUUAACUUUGCCUGCAGAAUUUGCUUCCCAGCUUCCUGUUGAAGGUGGUGCUUUCUACACAGCAGAGACUAGCAAGAAUGCAAAGCUGCAUUACCACAACUCCUGGGCCCUCAUCCUCCACGCUGCGGCACUGUGGCUCACCAGCACAGGCUUUGCUGACCCAGAUGAAGGAGGUGCCAACCUCUCAAGGCCUGUAACUCCGACGUCCAUGUGCCAGGGCGCAUCAUCAUCUGGAGCUGCAGGAAAGUCCCCCGAGGAUGUCUACACUGACAGGUUCCAUCUGAUUUUAGGAAUCAGCGUAGAGUUCCUGUGUUCCCUGCGCUCAGAUGCCAGCUUGGAAAGCAUCACCGCUUGUUUGCAUGCACUGCAGGCCCUGCUCGAUGUUCCUUGGCCCAGAUCGAGAAUUGGCAGUGAUCAGGACUUGGGUAUUGAAUUGCUAAAUGUACUACACCGAGUAAUUUUGACAAGAGAGUCACCAGCCAUUCAGUUGGCUUCACUUGAAGUGGUAAGGCAGAUUAUCUGUGCUGCUCAAGAACAUGUGAAGGAAAAAAGACGAAGUGCAGAAGUUGAUGAUGGAGCCUCUGAAAAAGAAACCCUGCCAGAGUUUGGUGAAGGGAAGGACACUGGAGGACUCGUACCUGGGAAGUCUUUGGUCUUUGCAGCCCUGGAACUCUGUGUCUGCAUCCUCGUUAGACAGCUCCCAGAACUAAACCCUAAGCUGACAGGUGGCCCAGGAAUAAAGGCUUCAAAGCCGAAGACCCUGUCAGAGGAGGGCAGUAGACUGGUCAACGCUGCCCUGGUCAUCCUUGCUGAGCUUCCUGCAGUGUGUUCUCCUGAAGGAAGCAUCUCAAUCCUCCCCACAGUUCUGUACCUUACGGUUGGAGUCCUCCGGGAGACGGCUGCGAAGUCACCUGGGGGCCAGCUACCCUCCACAGUCACAGCUUCCCUGCAGGCUCUGAAAGGAAUCCUGACUUCCCCCAUGGCACGAGCAGAAAAGAGCCACGAAGCUUGGACCAGCCUCCUCCAAAGUGCAUUGGCAACUGUGCUUGACUGCUGGAGCCCAGUUGAUGGAGCGCAUCAAGAACUUGAUGAAGUCAGUCUGCUUACUGCCGUCACGGUAUUUAUUUUGUCUACCAGUCCAGAAGUGACAACCGUCCCCUGCCUUCAGAAUCGCUGCAUUGAAAAAUUUAAGGCUGCCCUGGAGAGCAAAGACUCUGUGGUACAAAUGAAGACCUGUCAGCUCCUCCACUCCAUUUUUCAGUAUCCAAAGCCGGCAGUUUCCUACCCGUACAUUUAUUCCUUAGCAUCUUCUAUUGUGGAGAAGCUGCAGGAAAUAGACAGGAGGAAACCUGAAGAUGCCACCGAGCUGCAGCUCUGUCAAGAAGGAAUAAAGCUCUUAGAAACUUUGGUCACCAUUGCGGAAGAAGAGCACCGCUCUCAGCUGGUGGCCUGCCUUCUGCCCGUCCUCAUUUCUUUCCUUUUGGAUGAGAAUGCUCUGGGAUCAGCAACUUCAGCAACAAGAAGUCUGCACGACUUUGCUUUACAAAAUCUCAUGCAGAUUGGGCCUCGGUAUUCCUCCGUGUUUAAGAAUGUCAUGGCUUCUUCCCCAGCCCUGAAAGCUCGACUGGAGGCUGCUGUUAAAGGCAAUCAGGAAAGUGUCAGAGUGGAUCCGCCUUCUAAGCAUCCCAAGAACCUAGCCAGGAACUCAAGCAUCCAAUUAAAGACCAACUUCCUGUGAACUGCUCUUCUAGAACACUGAGCACCUGAAUGUAACACUUGAUGUUUCCUUGCUUUGGGAACAAAAGUGAAACUUGAGGCACACGUGCACUUGGAGAUCCUGUCAAUUGUUCUAAUUUCAGGAGUGACUGAAAUUUAACAUUCUUGGUAAUUUUGGUUUUAUUUUGUUUCCAUUUACUAAGACCAUGGAACUGUCAGAAUUCUUGCCAGGCAUUUCAAGAAAGUGCCAAAGAUCCAAAUUUACUAAGCAGUCCACUGCUUUGAAAAUGAAGGGAUUUCCUCUAACGGUCAACAUAUUCAAAUUUGAGAGACAUCACUGUAUUAUAAAGUAUCUGCGCUUACACCACCUCCCACUUUCUAUGUGAAAUCCUGCCUUAUUCAGUGGUAGUAUCAGACUUUGUUGCAUUUGUCAAGCAACAUCAACGAUUAGAGCAGGGAAGGGUGGCACUCACCUGAGGAGACUGAGACAGGAUGAUCAUCAAAGUUCCAACCAGCUUGGUCUACAGAGUGAGUUCCAGACCAGCUAUGAACACACAAUAGGACUUCUCUCAAAAAACAAAUUAAUAUACUAAUUAACAAUAAUGAUGCCAACAAUAAAUAUGUGAUUGGAAUACUCUUUAAGAACUAGACCUAAGCCAGGCUCAUGCCUCUAAUCCCAUCACUCGGGAGACAAGCAGGUUGAUCUCUGUGAGUUCAAGGCCAGCAUGGUCUACAGAGUGAGUUACAGGACAGCCAGGGCUACACAGAGAAACCCUGUCUCAAAGAACCAAAUCUAGAAUUACCCAACUUAUAACAGGAAAGACAGCUUCAGCCCCACUGUGUGGCUUAAGGCUGUGGUCUGGUGGAUCAUGACUGUAUCUUCUAAGUGGGUUUUUGCUGAGUUCACACGGAAUGCUUUUACGUAGAACAGAACCAUUCUACCAUUCUCCUACCAUUCUCAGAUGGAUUUUCUGUUACCUCUGUUCCUUUUGUUUGUUUUUAUUUGUGGAAAUCAUUCAUAUUGAAAGCUUAAUAUAGAGUCAUGUCUAUAUUGAUAUGGGGUUGUAUGAAUGUCAAAUUUAGUACAACAAAUUUAGAACUUCAGUGAAUACAAAUACUUUUUUAACACAGAAUGUAUUUUAAUAUAAAAAUAUAAUGAUAAAGUCAUACUGGUAGAAAAUAUUUUUGGCUGUUUAUGAUUAUUUUCCCUCCACUUCAGUAUUGUACUGUGUGAACUGACCACUAUGUCAAAAUGAUGCAGCUUCCUGUUAAAAUUUUCAAACUGCAGGGACAGAAGUGUGGUCAGAAUUGAGAAAAACUGAUUAGACCAGGAGCCACAUGGUGGACUCUGUUUUAUUUUGUUUGUAUGUAAAUACUCUUGUAAAGCAUUCAGAGUGAAAAACAUUUGGCAAACUCUAACACUACAAUCAACUUUUCUAUAUUACAUAAAUAAAGCUAAUUUUCUUUAA